AACACGAGAUGGCCCCGAGGGAGGGCAGCGGCACCUGCGCGGCCCUCGGACACCCGCCACGGGGAAGUGAAACCGUGUGGGGAACCCCGCGGCUCCACGUGGUGCUCACAACCGAAGCGCUGCUGUUGCCCGUCCAUGGGGUGUGGGGCUCCCCGAUGCCUCCCCACCGCGGAGGCGGGAACGGUCCCAUCGCCGACGCCGGGAGCUUCGCGGUGUGCGCCGCGGUGCCGGGGCUCUGGAUGGUCCCGGGUGCCGCACCGGGCUCACCGCCUCAUUCCGUCGGACGACGAGCUCUACCAGCGCACUCGUCUGACGGUGCUGGAGCCGGAGUCCCCCAACAUCAUGUUCAUCGAGGGCUACAGCAGCCGCGGCUUCACCAUCAACGGGGACGUGGUGGUGGGACCCUGCGCCGUCCUGCCCCGCACCAUCCUCCAGUGGAACGUCGGCUCCUACAGGGACAUCUCGCACGAGAGCCUGUCGCUGUUCCGGCUGCUGGAGCCCCGUAUCGAGAUCCUGGUGCUGGGCACAGGAGACAGGGUGGAGCGGCUCCAUGCCGCCAUGCUGAAGCAGAUGCGGGAGUGCGGGAUAGCCGUGGAGGUGCAGGACACGCCAAAUGCCUGUGCAACCUUCAACUUCCUCACGAGUGAGAAGCGCAUGGUGGCUGCGGGGCUCAUCCCUCCGCGUGCCACCUGCACAGGCACAUCAGGCACUGCCUACGCAGUUCUGCCCUCGCCUGCCUGAAGCCCCUGAGCACCACUGGAGAAACACAAUGGAGCUGUCGGAGCUGCUGGCUGGAGGUGGCCAUAUACACGAGGGUGUUGUGGAGUGCAUGGACUUGGCUCUGCCCUAAAUCCCAGUUUUUUUGCCUUCCUUGCCCAGCCUGGAACAUGGCACGAGGUAUGAGCAUUGCUGGCAGCAGAGCACCCAGAGUCCUGCUGUGCCUGGUGCCUUGGCAUUGAGAACCCACUGCCCCAGGGCAGAGUGGAGGUGCUGGGGCGAGCUGCAAGCUCUGGGGCACAUCUGGGGCUCCACAAGGAAAAUACACGUUAAUUGGGUGCACAAA